AUGUCAAAGUUCCGGAAAUCUAUUUUGCUGGCAAGAUCAAUGGUCGCCAAGUGCUGGUCCAAGAAAGGCUUCCAGGUGUUGGAUUAUCUGUCGCAUGGUCUUAUCUAUCUAGACACCAGAGGAAGUCCUAUAAAGAAAAAUCCAGGAAGAUACUGCGUCAACUUCACACCGUCAAGCCCACAGAGAAACUUCAAGCUCGCACCCACGUGA